AUGCCUACAGAUGAAAGUCAGCUAAUCUGCUACUCUCGAUAUGCAAAGACAUCGAUGGAGUUUGCCUGCAGUCAUGUUGUCUGUAACUGGAGGCCUGAGAGUCUAGCAGAAGGUCUUUCCUCCACACUGCCCUGUGGUUUGUCCAGAAAAAAAUCAGAACAUCCUUAUGACAACCGCAUUGCUGUCAUUCCAAAACCUAACCACCACCUGUACCUCCUCGUCGCUCAACACAGAAACACACACGACCAAUUUCAAUGCCACCUCCAGUACCCGCCUCGAGGAUUGGAGGGUAAAGGACAGGCCAGUAUUAAAGCCAAUGUCAACGUGGUGUUACUCAAAGUAGGGAGUCUUGUGGACAUAAACAAAGCAUCCAGUAUACAGAGCAUUCAGAAACCAGUGCACUGUGAGAAAUGUAGAGCCGUCAUGUCCUCUGUGAGCAACUCACAAACCAGCCCAAAUACAUCAACAUGGUCUUGCGAGUUUUGCGGUAAUCAGAAUGUCCUCACUCAGAGUGAGUUGAAAAUGGGCCGUUCACCUCUGUGGACACCGCCAGGCAGAGAUGUGCUCUAUGUGGAUGAUGAGAUAGACACAGAUUAUGUGAACCUAGAGGACAUGCUGGUGGUCUUCUGUGUGGACAUUUCUGGUAGCAUGAGCGUCACAUCAGAGGUGUCUCCUGGUAACAGCAUGAGAUCACCCACCUAUGUAUCACGACUGCAGGGUGUCCAAGAGGCCCUACAGUUGGCACUGACCUCACUGCUAAAAUCAUCACCACACCGUCGUGUAGCACUGGUCACCUUUAAUGAUGAGGUAACAGUGUAUGGGGAUGGUACUGGAGUUCCUCUGUGUCUGCGUGACUGGGCUCUGGUAGACUAUGAUCAUGUGAGAGAGCAGGGAGAGAAGUACACCACACCACACUGCAUUGCUGAGACCUUCCAGUGCCUCACGCAAAAAGUCAAAGAAUUAAGAGAGCAUGGAGCCACAGCGCUGGGUCCUGCAGCACUCGUCUCUGUUGCUAUGGCCUCUCAGUUUGCAGGUUCAAAGGUCAUAAUUUGUACAGAUGGACGGGCCAACAUAGGCCUUGGCCAGUUAGAACAGGAAUCUGCAGCUUCAGUAUAUUUCUACAACCAAGUAGCCAGUCAUGCAGCAGAAAAAGGAGUGAUUGUGUCAGUGAUGACAUUUGAGGAAGAGGACUGUAGUCUGGCAGAGGUUGGAAAACUAGCUGACCACACAGGAGGCAGGAUCAACAGAGUCAACAUUUGUACAGUUGGAUCAGAAAUUCAGACUGCGCUGGCUGACAACAUCUUAGCAACUAAUGUUGAGGCAACCCUGCUUGCACCUAAUGGCGUGUAUUACCCUUUUGAGGAGGACAACCACAGGCUGGUUAGAGAGAUUGGAAAUGUCACAAGUGGAGUGGAGAUCACUUUCCAGUUUGCUGUCAAACCAGACAAAGUUGAGAGUUUCCAGAGAAGAGAUAGAGUUCCCUUCCAGCUGCAGCUGUCUUUCAAAACUCGAGAUUUGAAGAAAGUAACCAGAGUCAUCACUCAGCAGAAGCGUGUGACCACCAGCAGCUGGGUGUGGGCAGGGAGCCUGAACAUGGCUGUGCUGGGCGUUCACUGUGCCCAGCUAUGUGCCCGACUCACCAUGGAGGGCAGGAUCCAGGAGGCUCAAAGUCAACUCAAAGCCCAGCAGGACCUCCUCAAAGACAUCAGUGAACAGAAGCCAAGUCCUAAAGAAGAGAGUGUCUAUGGAAACUGGAUCAGUACCAUGAGUAUGAUCUGUGAGGACCUGAACCCAGAUACACAGGGUUUGUCAGAUGAGGCAGCAAAAGUGGUGUACCAGAUGAAGAGGGUGACAAGUGUGGGCCAGAGGGAGGAGAAAGCAGCUAUGUUAGAAAGUUGAGCAGAAGGUGGACUUAUUGUCAGAACAGCAGUGACUAACGUGACUAACAGCAGACCAGAAAACAGCUUGAACUCUCUGUGUAUCAGAAAUGGAAUAUUUUAUCUCGUAUGCUGCUGGUCAGUAGGUAGCGAUCCUUGUUAACAUCAGUAACUAAAUUAUGGAGGCUAUAGGCAACUGUAUUUAUCUAAAGGUUCUAAUAAAAUGUGUUGUUUUAAUAUAUUGCUGAACAAAAAAAUAUAUCUGGAUACACAACGAUUUUCUCAUUACAGUAUCUGGACAAGGACAUGACGCAGACAUUGCUUCAUUAUGUCUCAUUCUGUUAUUAAUAAGAUCGUUUAAAGGUCUAUCAGAUAGUCCAAGUUUGGGCAAAAUUGUUUUGGUUCAGUGGUGGCUUUCUAAAGCAGUUAGUAUUUCAUUAAGAACUUUUCAUUUAAAUUUUUCGUGCAGUCAUGUUUCAAUAAAUCCUAAUUCACUGACUAACCUGGAUUUUGCUGCAGACCGCACUGUGGCUCAGUGUGUAGUGUUGGUACCUCACAGCUCCAGAGUUUGAUCCUGAGGUUACUGUCUGUGUAGAGUUCUUCAUGUUCUCCCUGUGUCUGUGUGAGUUUCUUUUACAUAUACUAUAUGGCCAAAUGUAGGUGGACACCUGAGCCUCACACCCAUAUGUGAGCCUUCCUCAAACUUUUACCACAAAGUUGGUAGCACACAAGUUUAUAGAAUUUCUUUGUAUGCUGUAGCUUUACUGUAGCUUUCCCUUCACUGGAACUAAGGGGCUCAAACUUGUUCCAGAAUGGCAGUGCCCCUAUGCACAGAGCGAGGUCUAAAUCUGGAAUAGGAUCUUUUAAAAAGGACAUAUAGGUAUGAUGGUCAGGUAUCUGCAAACUUUUGGCCAUAGUGUACUCUGCAAUAAAAAGACAUAUUUCAAAACCUGAGUGUGUUAGUAUGGAGUGUUUGUGUGCGAUGCCCUGCAGUGAUGUGACUUCUUGCCUUGCUCACAUUAUUCCUGGGAUAGGCUCCAGAUCCACCAUAGCCUGGGAGGGGAGGUGAAGGGGAAAACAAA